CGACCUCAGGAAUAUAGCAAACACUGAAGAUUUGAAGGACGAGCUCUCUGAUAGGCAUGUAUGGAUUGCUGCAUCAGUUCAUAGAGGUGAAGAACAAGGUGUGUUCCAGUUGCACUGGUUUCUUACUUGGUCUAUCUAUGCGUCAUGUCAAUACUAUAUUAUUUAGAUUAAUCUUACAGCUUGAUGGUGCAUGGUAUAGAUUAUAGAAUAUUUCCACUACAAAAUGUCAAAAAUUUAAUUUGCUUUUGUUUGUAUUGGUUGUCAGGUUUCCUGAGUUAUUGUUGCUUUCUAAGCACUCAUGACUGUCAUCUUUUCAGUAAUGUUAGCAGUUCGCAGAUCGUUGGCCCGAAGGUACCCUGACUUGUUGACUAUUAUUGUCCCUCGCCACCUGCAGCUUGCGCACCAUAUUGUUGAAGUAUGAAUUUCAGUUAUAGCUCCAUCUUUCUUCGCCUCAGCUAGUUGUUUCCAGUCUAAACUAUGCUUAUGAGUUUGCUUGUUUGAGUGGUUACUUAUGGAAGCAUAAACUUUAGGCAUUUCUCGUUUAAUGUUUUGUUUUGUUUAAAAAUGUGCAGGAAUUGCAGUAAGAUGGACUUCAUGUAGCCUUGAGGUCUCGAAAGGAAAAGAUCACGGCCAUAGGACAAGUGUACGUGGUCGACACUUUAGGUUUGCUUCUAAGCUCUCCCAAGUUCCAUUAGUUGAUGGCCAUGCAUAACAAACCUGCUGCAUGAUGUUAGUAAAUCCUUAACUUAAACUUGUUCAAUAGGUGAAUUAAGGUGUCUAUAUAGCCUAACUCCAAUAGCUGUAGUUGGCGGUUCCUUCUGUCCUGGUUUCGCUGGCCAUAACAUAUCUGAAGCUGCCGCAGCUGGCUGUGCUGUUUUAACUGGUCAUUGUUCUUCUCUCUCUAUCUCUGUCGACCCCUGCCUUUCAUGCUAUAUAUAAAUUGUAUGCAAUGUUUUUUAAAGCGCUUCACUGCUUCUUUUGCUUUCAGGUUUUCAUGUCGGACAUUUCUUACACAUGAUAAAUGAAAUGCAAAGACUGGUUUCUCUUUCAGUUAUGCAGGUUUUCGAUGCCCCUUUCACUUCUCUGGUUCAUUCAUAGCCUUCUGACUGCUACCAUUUUUAGCUCUUUAAUUGACUCUUUUGUUCUGUAUCACUUCUUCAGUGUCUGGAAAGGAAGAACUUAAAGAAGCGCUCUUUCAUCUCCUCAAUGACACAAACUUGCUCAAAGCAUGACGCAUGGCUUCGAAACAAACGUUUCAUACCCUUUCCUCAUCCUGCUCUCUUCUACACACUGAUGUUGAUCUAGUCCAAGUUAGAUAAAGAGAUCUAGUCAUGGCCCGCAUUUGCAGCCCCAAAAGUACUUGAAGUAAAUGCCUUGGCCAAGGAACUUAGUGGUCACAAGGAUCAGGUAGUGUUCUUGCGCUUUGGUGAUUUUUUUGUGUUUUUCAUUGUUUUUACUUGGCAUAGAGUUCUUGCUAAUUGGUAGUUUAGCCAAACAUUUAAGUCUGUCUCAUAGGAAAGAAAACCAGUUUUUUUUAUAAUGGGAAAGAAAACCAGUUUGAUAGGCGAUCUUUGAUGUUAGCCUGCAAUUGUUUAUUUUUCCUGAACUUGAACUCUUCUUUUUCUCUGUCCAGCCAUUCUUCUCAGCUACCCUCUCAUUUUGUUAGGCAUGAGACGUUCUUCCAAAUCAAACUUGCCAUCAAGGAUGAGGUUGAGUAUCUUGAGAAAGCUGGAAUAAACGUCAUCCAGAUUGACGAGGCUGCUUUGGGGGUUGGGUUGCCUCUAAGGAAGUUGGAGCAUGCUUUCUAUAUGGAUUGGGCUGUCCACUCCUUCAGGAUUACCAACUGCGGUGUCCAAGAUACUACCAAGGUCAGCAUCACUUUCCUGUUCCCUUGUUCCGGGAAACUGUUCCAAGUUUUGUGGCUUUGAUUUUAGUUUUUGCAUUAUGGCUGCUAGAAUUAACUAAAAGAGUGAACUUUUGAUGUUGGCACGCAGAUCCAUACCCACAUGCGCUACUCAAAUUUCAAUGAUGUCAUUCACUCAAUCGUCAGCAUGGAUGCUGGUGUAUACGAUAUUCACUCGCCUAGUAUCCCUUCCACUGAAGAAAUUACCCUAUAACGAAUUACAUAUGUUCACAUGUUCUUUCGUCUUAUGGUCUUCACUUCAUUGUGAUCCCUAGAGUUUCUAGAUUGUACAUGGGUUCUCUUAACUGCAACUUGGUGGAGUUGUCAAAAUAGAACAGGUCGAUAUAGUAGGUGGCCCGGGCAACGCUGCAAGGUUUAUCUUUCUGGUGGAGACUUUUUUUUUUUUUUUUGGCGAUGGAAAUAAAUAGUCAGAAAAUAUCACACAACCAAACACGCCAGUCAACAAGUAGUCAAACUGCCGAUAAAAGGGCCUGUUGUGCCACUAAAUGGGCAGCCCUGUUAAACCUGCGAGGAGUAAAAGUACAAGAAAACACGAAAAUUGGA